GGAUCCAAGUGGCUGUGCAUGUCGCGUCUGUUUCUCUUUAAGGAAAUGCUCUGUUCAUUCUUCACUGGAUUCGUAGCUGACUCCACAGCGUGAGGGGCAUUUAGAUUCAUCAGUUGGCAGUCCUGCGCUAUCCCCACCGAAGUCCCCACAGCGUCUGAAGCCGAAGGCGUCCGCAGGCGCAGUUAGUUCUCAAGGGCAAACACGUGAAACUGCGAUGGAAAAGAACAGAAGAUGGACCCUGUCGGCCGACCUGGGGGCGCUGCUGUCGUCUGGAAAAGCUGCUGACAUCACCAUCAUGGCGGACGGCGUCUGGUUGCCGGCGCACAGAGCAGUGUUGGCGGCGCGCAGCCCUGUCUUCGCCGCCAUGUUCCGGCACGAUGUGCUGGAAGCUUCUGAGGGCAGUGUGAACAUUGCAGACAUCAACCAGGAGGUGUUGCAGCAGCUGCUGCAGUUCAUGUACACUGACGAAGCGCCUCUGCUGGAAUGCGUCGCACCGGAGCUGCUCGCGGCAGCGGAGAAGUACGGUGUGACCAGACUGAAGCAACAGUGUGAGCAACAGGUCAUUAUGGACCUGUGUGUGGAAAAUGCUGCAGCCAGCGCCGUCCUUGCAAUGGUCUACUCGUGUGCGAAGCUGAAGGCGGCAGCUAUCAGCUUUAUCAAUUCCCACUACCAAGAAGUUAUGGCUACAGAUGGUUGGGCUAGUGCCAUGAGGGAACACACGGAAGACACUGUGGAGAUCUGCCGUCUGCUGAGGGAUGCAACACGCCUUGAGUCAGAAUGCAAGAAUGAAACACCAGAAAAGACGGAAGAGGAUAGGGGUGACCUGGCAGGCGACCUGGUGGCACUGCUGGAGUCUGCUGACAGCAGUGAUGUGACACUCAUGGUGGGUGGGAUGCCACUGGCGGCCCAUAGGGCAGUGCUGGCAGCACGCAGCCCUGUCUUGGCUGAGAAGGUCAAAGACACCCCAAAUGGUACCCUGCAGAUGGACGGAGCACCACAUAAGGAGUUGGGCGAAGCCCUGCUCUACAUGUACAGUGACCAACUGCCACACCCAGAAAGCGUCAGUGACAAGCUCCUGGUGCUGGCGGACAACUAUGAGCUUUGUGUUCUAAAGAAAUACUGUGAAGAGCAGUUAGCAGACCAAAUCUUUGUUGACAAUGCAGUGUCCCUGGUUGUGGUCGCAACAAAACACUCCUGCACCAUGCUCAAGAGAGCUUGUGUUGAUUUCAUCAGGAGGGAAAUCUUCGAUGUGAUGGACACGGCUGGUUGGGAAAUGGCAUUACGCAAUGACCUGGAAAUCAUGGUGGAGAUAUGCAAAUGUGUGGCUUCAGCAGAAAGGUAUAGGUAGUUUUGUUUGUGUGGAUAAUACUGUAACUAUUUCUAUAUUUUUGUACUUAUACACAGGGAUUGAUCGAAAUAACGUACUGACUCCUGCAAAUAUUGAAACACAUGGAAAAAAUAAUGUGACAGAAUCCAAGCAGAGAGGGAGUGUAAAACAGUGUACCAACGAUAAGUCAUUAAAAUUACUGAGAAACUAUAGGAGUGCCACGUCCUUCACAUCAGUACACCUUUUAAAACACAGAAGUCUAAAUUUUUGUGCUUCAGGGAAAAAAUAACAUCUUUGAACAAGAGAGUGGGGGAAGUGAAACUCAUUGCCGAUGUAUUGGACGACAAUAAAUCUAUACACAUAGCGUUGAAUGUGUGCUGAGAGGCAAACACUCUACUGGCGUACUUAGAAGGAAUUAAAGAACAAUCUGCUCAGAAGAGUUUGCCGAAGAUGCUAGCUUUGCAAUACUCAAUGAGUAAACAACUGUACCAGGAAUAAUUAAUUCUUCAAUAAAGCUAUCAUAACUAAACAAA